UGGGCACAGGUGGGUGGCACUGCUGGGCACAGGUGGGUGGGCACAGGUGGGUGGCACUGCUGGGCACAGGUGGGUGGCACUGCUGGGCACAGGUGGGUGCACUGCUGGGCACAGGUGGGUGCACUGCUGGGCACAGGUGGGUGCAUCUGCUGGGCACAGGUGGGCGGAGCUAGUGGGCGGAACUGCUGGGCACCGAUCAUCAGGGCACUGAUCAUCAGAGCCCUGAUGAUCGGUGCCGAUCCCCGCUCUGACAACUGCUGGUUCUCGGCAGUACUUUCCUCACGAUCUGACAGCGUAAGGAAAGUGCAGCCGAGAACCGGCACUUGC